GAUCAGUUACACUGAGAAUGAAAUGAUAUUAGUAUAUAAUAGCUCCCAAAGAGUUAGAAAAUGAUCAAUAUCAAUUAAGGUUGUUGUUAUGAACAAAUCCGAUUCUGCAUUUUAGAACGCAUCACUCAAAGUCACAUCAAGUAAAUAAUAAUGUGCUGCUAUCCGAACUUCUUAAAAUUUGAUAAAAUCUCAGACUGGACAGUUUUUGCUAUAAAAAAAAGAGUAUCGUUGUUAUAAGCAAAGGACCACUUUGCUCUCGGAAAGUACGUGACAUAAUUUGCUCGCGCAUUAGAUGCUAUGUGGGGGAGUAAGACGGAUUUUGAAAGGAAAACCCCGGAUGCUGAGGCCGGGGGACCGGGAGGUCCUGGGGAUAAAAGCCAAAGCCUUACUUAGCCGGUCGUAUCGUGUGAGUCCUUGUGUGAGAAAUCGGAUUUGCAUCGCAUUAAACUCACGUACUAAAGACGAAAAUGAAGAAAUUCGUCCACUCCAGCUCGUUCGUCUAUGAAUUCAGUUUUCGUAACUUUAUACUUUAACUGAGCACGAUGCACGUACAUAUGCAUAGUUUUAAGGCGUUGAACUUUGAACUAAUCAAAGUUAAACUUUAAACAUCUAAAGGACACUUAACGGAUUCCGUGGCUUAAGACACGGGCAGCCAUUUGAUAUAUAUUUUUUGAAAUUGCACAGUUCCUUCAAACGCUGUGUCCUCAAGUGUUUGAAAAUUAGAUUAUAAGUAAUGUUUAGUAGUGAUGGUCUAUGGGACCCUUGGAUUACUUUUGUCAGCGAGUGUAGUCAGGAAUCACGAGGUAAAUUCUCGCUUUUACACGGAUCACGAGUUAAAAAAUCGGUUCACGCGGAAAUAAGCCACACACACGAUUAGAAUUGCACACAAUUGAUUAAUUUUUCUAUGCUUAAGGGACCAAAUGACACGUUUCACGGAUUUUGAGGUUUGAAAUUACAAUUCACUUUAGAGAAAUUAGUAAAUUUACGAAUCACGACAACGAUUUUCCUGUUUUCACGAAUCACGGGGCAAUUUGAGUCUGAUGCACGGUAAACCAUUUGUUUGAGAAUUUUACACGAUAAGUCGUCAUUGAAUUAAAAUUAGCGAACGCAUAUGCAGUUUGUUUAAUUUCAAUAUCGAAAUUUCUAACAGAUCCAUAGUGUUUCCAUGGUGAGCCUCGCAUAUGGUUAAUGAAAGAGACACGUAAAACCAAGUAGAAAUCCACAAAAGUACACAUACAGGGCUGGAAUGGAAUACUUUGGCUUCGCUGUUUGGAAUUACGGCGGCUCAUGUACCUCUAAGACGCAGUCCUCUACGAGACUCGAUUCCCAGCUGCCUUUUUGCGUCGCUCCUUUGUUGAGAGAAUCGUAACCAAGCCUUUUGCAAUACUCAUUGUGAUAUCUAAGGAGUUGGUUUGUCGCGUGAAAAUGGUUUCGUUUACAGGACGACGUUAUAAAUCGCUAGUCGUCACAAUUCUGGGCGCUUUAGCACUCAUUGUUUUUCAUUACACAAAGAACAACGAAGCUAACUUCAGACAAAACACUGUUUACCGGGUAAAACAAUGCACGAAUAUUCUAGAGAUUCUACGUAGUGGGAAAUGGCGGGAAAAACAAGGACUGACGGACAAAGACAAACAAACUCGUUAUCGCAUGGAUUUAUCUUUGCGGGAAUUUCGUGGGAUACCUGUGUUAACUAGAACUGAUCUGCAAUGUGGUACCGGUUUCCCUGUCUCAGCCCCUAAAUUCGGGCAAAGUCUCCCGGCCGAAUGUGACCGUGCCGGCAUAAAGCCUUGUUGUAAUGAAAAUAUUGGAUUGUGUGGGUCUGGACCCGAGAAUUGCAAAUGCUCCAAAUGCACGGAUUUUCAGACAGUUAUUUCUGCCGAGUUAUUUGAUUGGGUACCUUUAAAUAAAACAUGCGAAAUAAAGACACAUGAGAGCAGGGAUGCGUGUGAAAUUGUGUCGAGUCGCUUAACAAAUCUAAUCAUUGUCGGAGACUCGUUGAUGCGGCAUUUUUCGAACGCAUUGCUGCUUCUUUUCACGGGAGAUUUCACAAGUGGGGCACACGCGAGAGCCAGCGCAGCCACCACAGACUGCUCUGGAGAGAGACAAUUUGUCGAUAGUGGAAGAAGUAUGUGCCAUGAAAAACUUGCAAGAACUCGUGAGGACACUAACAAAGAAUUCUGCAAGGAUUCGCCAUAUUUUGGAUACAAAUUCAACGAAUCAUAUUCCAUCAAUCACGCGGGCAAAGUGAUGGAAUUGGUUCGAGAUAAUUUAGGAAGGCGAUCGCUUAUUGUCAUCGGAAUUGGCCUUCACGACGGCCUCAGUGCGCAAAGAACCAUUGAUAAUUUCCUGGAACCCAUUUUGCAGCUAGUCGAAGAUGCUGAUUGGCCCAAGAUACUUUGGGUGACCACGCAUGCGCAGGGCUUUGUAAAACCGCUGGAAUUUCGUAGAAAGCAGGGCAACCAUAGAGUGUUAGCAUUCAAUGAGAAAAUCCACAGAUAUCUCAAGAAACGCAACAUUCCAGUAUUUGACGUGUACCCCAUGACGUCAGGGGUGUACAGCUACGACGGGACGCAUUAUGGAAUAGGUGUUAACUUAUUGAAGGCCCGGAUGCUAGUUAAUUACAUUGAAGACACUUUCUAGUUUGCAGAGUGUGAUAAUCGUUAUAAUCGCUACCGCGGUGGCCACCAAGAAAAAUCUUUGAGAAUGGUAGUCAAUAAGCAUCCGCGAAAUGCAAUUGAUUGACAUGUGCUCCAUAUGUACGUCUUAUAACAAUGUUCUGAUUCAAUGACUUAUAAAGUACCACAAAAAUGUCUGUAAAUCAAAGCCUGCAUCAGUCAGAUAGUGCGUUUUUGAGCGCGAAUCGCUUUACAAAUGUGAAAUGCAAGAAAGAAAAUAAAUAUCCUUUCUUUGUUCUUCUUAUUUGCUGAAAUUAAUCUUAUGCACAGGAAUGAAUUAUUCAUACUAUAGAGAAAAUGCCGGUCUGUCAGAUUCGAAAAUUUUGUGACGUAUAAAUAUAAGUAAUCUGAUCACUAAUCCAGUUAUCCAGAUUUUGAUGCAAAGAAUUGAAUAAACGUCUAUUAUUACUAUUAUUAUUUAAAAAACUCUAAUUGGUAAUACAGUAAAAUGUUUUGCACAAAUUUAAUGCACAUGGAAACACUUUUUAUUUUAUAAUUCAAGAAUUCGGCAAAACAUUUGAAAUCAAUAAUAUUGGUCACAUUUUUGGGAUUGAUCUACGAUUUAAAAAAAAUAUGUCAAGCUGUGUCUGAUGAAAUUCAAUUUGAAAAGACAAAAGCAUGAAAACGAUGAAAUUUGUUAUUCUACGAAUCUGAAUGCAGGACUCACACACUGUGGGCCCAAUAAAUUAAAUUUCUAUUAAUCUUUUAAAGGGUCCGCAUUGCCCAUAGUCAUCGGAAUUUUAAGCCUCAAGUCAGCUGCGUCCUGUAAGCCCCGAAAACAUGUAUCUCCUUAUCGUAUCAUGCCUUCUAAUGGCGUGCAGCUCGAAUGGUGAAACACAAAAACCAGUUGUUAAUGACGGAGGUGAAUUCUCUUUUGUAAACUUCAACGAACAUCUAAAUUACUAUCUUGCGGUACAAGCCUUUGCAAAGACGAUGGAACCAAAUAUAAUGACUUGUUGGCUGAAGUGCAUGGAUGAGUUCCCGACUUGUUUGUCAAUCAACUCGGGAAAAAAGGCAUCUGCUGAUUCAAGCUUCAAGAUCUGGUGCGAACUUCUGUCUGACGACAAGUUUAACGCCUCAGAGAAGUUCAACCACAACCCGUCAUCAAACCAUUACAGCAUUCCAAAUCCUUGCGACAAACUCAAGUGUUCUAAUGGCGGGAAAUGUCGAGCGAACUAUGUCAAUAACACUGGCGAAUGUCAGUGUGAAUUGGGCUUUGUUGGGGAUACAUGCGACGAAAGGUGUGACGUCACUCCUUUGGGUAUGGGUGACUACCGAAUUCCUGACUCAAGCCUCGCCGCAAGCUCUUCCUGGAACUCUCAGCUGCACCCGACUUGCGGGAGGCUUCGGCGCGGUUGGGACGACAAGUGUCAAGGAGGUUGGCAUGCGAGACAAAGUCAAGUGGACGAGUUCCUUCAGGCCUACUUAGGUAACUUGACACUCAUCAGUAAGGUGGCCACACAAGGCCGUGCUCCCGACUCCAGGCAACAUACGCAUCAAUAUGUGACCUCAUACGGACUGGACUACAGCUUGGACGUGUCAAACUGGGAAAGCUACAAAGAAAACGGAACUGUGAAGAUUUUUCCUGGAAAUUCCAACUUGGAUGGCAUAGUUACUCAUACACUGGCCGAGCGACUCGUUACACGUUACGUCCGAUUCAUGGUGAAGACUUGGAGGCUUGCCAUCGUCAUGAGGGUGGAGUUGUACGGCUGCGUAUAGUUCACUCUUAGAUAUGACUUAGAUAUGGAUCUGCUGGAUGCGUAUAGUUCACUCUUAGAUAUGAAUUAAAUAUGAAUCUGCUAGUUGCGUAUAGUUCACUCUUAGAUAUGACUUAGAUAUGAAUCUGCUAUUUGCGUAUAGUUCACUCUUAGAUAUGACUUAGAUAUGAAUCUGCUAGUUGCGUAUAGUCCACUCUUAGAUAUGACUUAGAUAUGAAUUUGCUAGCUGCGUAUAGUCCACUCUUAGAUAUGACUUAGAUAUGAAUCUGCUAUUUGCGUAUAGUUCACUCUUAGAUAUGACUUAGAUAUAAAUCUGCUAGCUGCGUAUAGUUCACUCUUAGAUAUGACUUAGAUAUGAAUCUGCUAGCUGCGUAUAGUUCACUCUUAGAUAUGACUUAGAUAUGGAUCUGCUAGCUGCGUAUAGUUCACUCUUAGAUAUGACUUAGAUAUGAAUUUGCUAGCUGCGUAUAGUCCACUCUUAGAUAUGACUUAGAUAUGAAUCUGCUAUUUGCGUAUAGUUCACUCUUAGAUAUGACUUAGAUAUAAAUCUGCUAGCUGCGUAUAGUUUACUCUUAGAUAUGAAUCUGCUAGCUGCGUAUAGUUCACUCUUAGAUAUGAAUCUGCUAGCUGCGUAUAGUUUACUCUUAGAUAUGAAUCUGCUAGCUGCGUAUAGUUCACUCUUAGAUAUGACUUAGAUAUGAAUCUGCUAGCUGCGUAUAGUUCACUCUUAGAUAUGACUUAGAUAUAAAUCUGCUAGUUGCGUAUAGUUCACUCUUAGAUAUGACUUAGAUAUGAAUCUGCUAUUUGCGUAUAGUUCACUCUUAGAUAUGACUUAGAUAUAAAUCUGCUAGCUGCGUAUAGUUCACUCUUAGAUAUGACUUAGAUAUAAAUCUGCUAGUUGCGUAUAGUUCACUCCUAGAUAUGACUUAGAUAUGAAUCUGCUAGCUGCGUAUAGUUUACUCUUAGAUAUGAAUCUGCUAGCUGCGUAUAGUUCACUCUUAGAUAUGACUUAGAUAUGGAUCUGCUAGCUGCGUAUAGUUCACUCUUAGAUAUGACUUAGAUAUGAAUCUGCUAGUUGCGUAUAGUUCACUCUUAGAUAUGACUUAGAUAUGAAUCUGCUAGUUGCGUAUAAUUCACUCAUAGAUAUGACUUAGAUAUGAAUCUGCUAGCUGCGUAUAGUUCACUCGUAGAUAUGAAUCUGCUAGUUGCGGAAAGUUCACUCUUAGAAAUGACUAAGAUAUGGGACCGAUUAUUUCAUUGACCAAAAAGAAAUUGUUUUGGGCAUUGAACUCUAUAUGAAUGAACAACAGAUAUAACAUUAGGUAAUCUCGAUGAUAAGCGAACAGUUUAAAACUGAAUAAUCUCACUCUGUAAGCGAGGAGCAAUACAUUGACAGCCUUCAUAGCAAAAUAAUGUAUUUCUGUAAAUCUGAUUUCUACUAUGCGACACAAACAAACCAUAACACUAAUCAAAUACUAUUUAUGUAUUUUCUUUCAGUUUGACUUUUUCGUCAAUAAAGUGCAAAAGAACUUCCAA